ACAAUAUUAUGACAGAAAAGCUAAUCCUCAAAAUUUUCGGGAUGGCACGAGUUGCAGUAACAAUAAUUUUUCUCAUUAUAUGGGAAAAUCUGAGGGUUGUUGAAGGACUCAUAGGCUACGACUGCAGUGGGUCUACACUAAACCUUACAUCUUACUCCUUAUUACACGUUGAAGAAUGCAAUGUUCCCUUCUUGGAUCCUAACUCAACUACAAUAAAUAUCGAGCUAAUGCAAUUAAACAAAUACGAACACAUCGAAAUCAACGAAUGCAGAGUACAAAUAGAACGCACAAUCCAUCAUUGUGGAAUGUUUUCGCACGUCUCUAUAGUACAAAAUUAUCAUCGAGAAUAUUUCGUCGAAUUAGAUCAACACGAAUGUGAACGCCUUCACCAUUCCAACUCGCUGGCAGUUUCUCAUAACAUAUUCAUCGAUAAUUUGGUGAGAAACGCACUGAAUAGUAGACCUAUUACUUUAGCUGGUAGGACAUCUACUACAGGUAGCUGUAAAGGAACUCAGUAUAGUGAUCCAUUUGGUACAUGGGACGACGUUAUCGUCAAUGCUCUCGUCAGAAUUUUCUACACUUCCUAUACAUCCACAAUUGAACUUCAAACCAAUAAGGUAGCCUUGAACUCCGGAGCCAAAUGUGAUUUCUUAUCAGGAUCAUGCAUGGAUUCUACAGGAACUCAAGCCUUCUGGUCAGUAAAACCGAAGAAGGACUGCAAAUUUGAUGAAUAUACCGCUCUAUACCGAGGCCCAGCAACCAGAAUUGAAGCUACUGCUAAUGAACCUCCAACUUAUAUUGUCACUACCGAAGAUUUCACCUUCUCCCUAGAACAGAGAGCAAGAGUAUCAACAUGCGGAUAUAUUUUAAUUCAAACAGAAAUACCUAAACUUUUCAUAAUAGAAUCAGUCAUAGGAACGACAUUCCCAACUAAUAGAAUUAUAGAAACGGAAAAUGUCGACCUCAUUCAAUAUGUCAAUGCAAAAAUUGUACAUAUCGAAUAUCAUAUACGUAAACAGAUCAAGAAAUUGUACCACCACAUCCGCCUUAAUGAAUGUGAAACUAAGAGAACAACACUGAUGAAUUCUCUUGCCCUAGCAACCCUUACACCAGAUAUGUUUGCAUAUAAUUUAAUGAAAGGCCCUGGAUAUCAUGCAAUCCCUACAGGCGAACAAGUCACAAUUAUAAAAUGUACAGCAGUACCUAUCAAAAUUCGGAAAACGGACGAAUGCACACUCGAAAUUCCCGUGUCUUAUAAUAAUGAAAGCUAUUUCUUAAAUGGAAUCUCACGAAUGUUAAUCAGGAAAGGUACAGCAAUUGAUUGUCAUUCAGCAAUACCCACCGUAUUUUUUUUAGACGAAAACUGGUACACACUAAACCCAGACUUGAUGAAAGCUCCUACACCGUUGAUUCUUAAUCCCCUGAAACCAAUUGAAUGGGAAUAUGAGAAGCUUCAAAAUCUCGGAACAUCGGGAAUUUAUAACGAACAAGAUAUGGAGAAACUCCGCGACAGACUAUUAACAAAAGCUGAAACCCCUGUAGUAGUUAGCAAUAUGGCACGUGCUGCCAGUGGAAAUCAACUUCCCACUGGAUCAAUAUCGAUGAGACAUCUAUUAGAUCGGGAAAUGCUAGAAGAAAUCACAGAAUCAGCUGUUCAAAAAGCCUGGAACAGCCUUAAAAUUUUCGGAAAUACAGUAUCAAUUGUUAUAGGGAUUAUCACAAUUAUUCAAAUAAUAAUUGGAUUGAUAAAUCUUAUUAUUCAUGGUUUUACCUUACAUGACGCCUUUGGUUGGAGUCUCCAGCUCGCAGGCGCUUGUUGCGUGUCUAUCACUCAUCUACUUUUGUACAAACCUCGUAGAGAGAAUAUAAACAUUCAGCAGGACAAUGAACCAAUGUACACUGCCAUGAAAUCAUUCAGGAAAAUUCCAGAUUCAGAACCACCCGUAUCAGUUGUGAUAAAUGAACCUACAACAUCAAAAGAGGCCGUUAUUGACCAUGAAUUGCUCUCUAAAGCUAGAAAUACGCUAAGAAAUUUAUAAAACCAAUUUCUCUGCUUCUGCUUCAUUUCAUACCCAAACUGAGUGUGUUGAAUGACAAAUUAAACGAGAUAGACUGCUUGAUGUCUGAUAUCAAAUAUGGAUAAAACAAAAAAUUGAAUAUCUUGCAUGUUUCAACUGUCCUGGUCCCAUUUACCCUCCUGAAUAACUGGCAAUUGACCUCACAAAUCAUUAACAGAAUCAACAUCAACAACAAACAGCAUCAGCAUCAGUAUCAGCAUCAUCAACAACACCAUUAUCAUCAACAGUAUCUACGAUGAACACUCGAUCGGCCGAUAUUUGCGAGAAGAUUCGGCAAAUGCAGACGACUAUUAGCAAGAUGCAAGCUGCUACUGAUCAGAUGAACAACACGAUGCAUAGGUUAUCCUCAUACCGAAGUACCACAGAUUCAAAAAUCCUCAUGGAAAGAACGAUGCGAAAUCUGCGGUUCCACAUGAUCUUCCUCAGAACUCUCCAUGAAGAGCUACAAACAGAAAUUACAAAUUAAAUCGGAAAUUUUCAAGAAUCAAAAUAUAAAAACAACAAUAAAAGCUGAAAGUCAAGUAUUCUCUCAAGUAUUCACAAAAAAAAAAAUCUGUCUCAAUAUACAUAUUAUCCUACUAUUAAAAAUACCUCACUUAAGAUCACUCAAAAUUAAAAAUACCGAAUUAAACGAAACAUAUGUAAACUUAUCAAUGGAAGUUAUUUGAAAAAUAUAUAUCUAUAUACGACAACAGAAUAAUGAGUCGAGUUUACUUACAUCAAUGCACUGCUUGCUCAUAUUCAUCAUUAGAUAUAUACUUCACCUUCAAUAUAAGAAAAAUCUGCACUUAAGACAUCGAGGACAAAAAGCAACCUGGCAGAACGAGGACCCCAUCGUACACUCAGAAGGAACCUAUAGAGUCCUUCAAUUCCCUCUAGAAUCUGCAGCCGCACGAACAGCGAUAAAUCCUGUAAUUUAUGAAAUUAAUAUCAAUUUAAAAGGUUUGAAAGGAAAUAGUACGAAUACAAAACAAUUUCCGCAAAGAAAAUAAUCUUCACCCAAAACUACACUAAUCCAUUAAAAAAAUAUUACGAUAAAAACAAAAUAAUGAUAAUAAUAAUCUAUAUAUACAUUAUAAUGGUACAAUAAGAACUAUUCACUGUAAGGUACUAAUACUAAUAAUUAAUAUAUCGAUAGGGAAAAAAGGAACGAAAUGGAUUGCGCAUGAUAAGAUAAUAUUCUCCCGCUUUCACUAAAAAUAAAACAUAAAACAAAAAAAAAAAAAAAAACGACAAAAAUAGAUAGAUAGAUACUGGAGCAUUGGCAAUAAAGCUGAUUGUAAAGAUUUCUGAAUUAGAAACAAAAUCAGGAAUGAAGAUUCAUACUUUUUAAAACUAUCUCUAUCAGAUGAUCAUAUCUACCAAUCGAGUAAUACUAAUAUUUCAAAAUCUCCAGAACAAAAAAUGCUAAUUAAUAUUGAAAAGCAUGGAGAACAAUUAGUUCUGAAUUCUCACUAAAUCUUUUCUGCACAAAUACCACACAAGUAUAUAAAUGGACAAGUACGAUAGUCGCAACCGAUGAACAAUUAGGAUAUACAAAAAUUAAUUAAGAAUAUAUAACAGCAAAAUGAGACUAACUCAUGAGCAGAUUUUGACUCAAUGCACUGCAUCCUCACAGAGAUCCCCUUACCACUUCCAAUACCUUGGCGACUUAUCACACGUGUAGACAAAACAUCCACCCCGCAUCCAGUGACAGCGCCUACAAAUGAGUAAGUCGAUCAGAGUCCUCACUCACAGCAGGUUGUGCUCCCAUAUAGAUCUGUUACACAAAAAAAAAAAAAAAAAAAAAAAAAACCAAAAACGCAAUUAAACAAACAACGAAGAAAAAGAAAAUAACAAAAACUUGGUGUCAAAAUUGGUGCAAUAAAAAAAAAAAAAAAAAAGCAAA